GCGCUGUCAGAGAGGUGGCCACGGGCCAAGAAGUUGCAGCAGGGGACUUUCUAAACUCUCCGCUCCUUCCACAGACAAUGACAACUAGGGAGAGUUUAUAGCAUAGCCGGCGAGUUGUCAUGAACUUUGCCGAGGGAGUUCUCUGCCACGUUUAUAUAACGUUAAAGACCUCGACAUAACAUAUUGGCUUGUUGGGAGCAGUUGGAGAAGCCUAGAUCUCACUCUUUAAUUUGAGUUUUUACGCGAUAUGGAAUCAUCCCUGGAGUUCUCAAACUCUUUCACCAGUGUGUCUUCGCCCUCCGCGCGGUGUCGGAUCUUCAAGAUCAUCGUGAUCGGAGACUCCGGUGUCGGUAAGACCUGUCUCACCUACCGGUUCUGUGCCGGUGAGUUCCUCGACCGAACCGAAGCCACCAUCGGUGUCGAUUUCCGUGAGAGCUUGGUCGAGGUCGAAGGCGAGAAAAUCAAGGAGGACAGAGAGGAUGGAGGAGAGAGGACGCAGGAGCUCCAGCUAUGGGACACGGCGGGCCAGGAGCGUUUCAGGAAGUCGAUGGUCCAGCAGUACUAUCGGAACGUUCAUGCUGUUCUCUUCAUCUACGACGUCACCAGACCAGACAGCUUCAGAGGCCUGCCAGCCUGGAUAGAGGAGUGUAGAAGAUACUCACUGGGACAGGAGAUUACCAGGUUCCUCGUGGGCAACAAGAGCGACCUCCGUGACACCUGCAGCUGUGACCCCCGCUCCAUCAAGGUCGAAGGUCAGGUGACACGGGAUCAGGCCCAGAAGUUUGCAGUUGCCCACGGGAUGAUUCUGUUUGAAACGUCUGCUAAAAGCCUCCCUGGAGGAGGAGGAGAAUCAGGAGGGGGGCAUCAGGACAGUGUGGAGGAUGUGUUCAUGGCCCUGGCCUCCAGGCUGAAGAGACAGACCAGACCCCCUCCCCCGGUUCUCAACAACACAGGAGUGUCUGGGUCCUAUUGUGGGUCCUAUACAGGGACAUCUUCUUUCAGACUGCCAGCCAAGAAGAACCCUCAGAAAGACUUCUGGACAUGCACCUGUUGAGAGAGGCAGGGUGAGAAGAGGAAUGGAACAUGGGAUGGAAGGAGGGGGAGUGGGAAUUUAGGGUCCCCACCAAGAACUCAGAGAAAGACUUCUGGACAUAUACCUGAAGGAAGGAAGGAAGGAAGGAAGAGAGAGGGAGAGGGGGAAGUCCUCUGAUCAAGCAUCUAUAUCAGUGGCUGGUGAGGGGAGGACGGCUCAUAAUAAUGGCUGCUCUCAGAUCUAUAGCCUGCUCUCAGAUCUGUUGUCUCCUUCUAUAGCCUGCUCUCAGAUCUGUUGCCUCCUUCUAUAGCCUGCUCUCAGAUCUGUUGUCUCCUUCUAUAGCCUGCUCUCAGAUCUGUUGUCUCCUUCUAUAGCCUGCUCUCAGAUCUGUUGUCUUCUUCUAUAGCCUGCUCUCAUAUCUGUUGUCUCCUUCUAUAGCCUGCUCUCAGAUCUGUUGUCUCCUUCUAUAGCCUGCUCUCAGAUCUGUUGUCUCCUUCUAUAGCCUGCUCUCAGAUCUGUUGUCUCCUUCUAUAGCCUGCUCUCA